GGAGUUGGAUUGUCGAGCAAACACUAAGCCCUGAGCCCCCAUUCAUCAGUGCUGAACAGGCCCGCAGAGCAGAAGAGAGCGCACCGCUGUCUGCAACAUAACGACGCUUUUGCACAAGAGCGCAGAUUUCCCGCAACAAUAACUAACAGCCAGAACUCAAAUACAAUUCUCAGCAGAUACGCGAGGAGGAGCAACUUUUGGAUAUAAGCUCGCGCGUGUUUAUUUAUUUAUUUUUUCCUCUCAGCCUUCUUCAUCAGAGCUCCGCCGUGGAUUUACUUUAUCUUGGGACAGAUGCACGCGUAACACACGCUGAACUUUUCAGUACGACUUAACCGAAAAAAAUAAAUAAAAAGGGAAUAACGCAAAGGGAUACAUUCGCACUUGGAUUAACAGACUGAAUGUUAUGCAUUAGACCUCAUAAUCUACAGCUGGACAUUGCCCCUUCCGUUUGGAUGGAGUUUUGGUAGAUUAUUUGGUUGAUGGAUUCGACGCUAUGGAUGCUUGCAUAUAGGUUUUCCGAUGCAUGUCCACGGUGAAUGUCGGAAGUGGUGAUUCCCCCAGAUGGAGCUCCAAAGUCAACAUGGCCCUGGCGGUUCAUUAGUGGUGAUCCAGCAGCCUUCCCUAGAGAGUCGGCAGAGGUCGGAUUACGAGCGGGAGUUCCAGCAUGCCGGCAUUUUCUCUCUGGAACAAAUCAAGGCCAUCCGCUCUAGCAACGAGUACACUGAGGGACCCUCAGUGGUUCGGAGGCCCCCUGCACCCCGGAUGGUCUCCAGACCCCAUGAAAAGCAGGAGAGGACUCACGAGGUCAUCCUCGUCAAUGUGAACAACAAUUAUGAGCACCGGUCAUCAGGUCACCACCAUCAUGCUGGGGGCAGUGUGUUGGUUGGGGGACAGCAGUAUGGUGGGCCUCGGGCACCAGGGCUCAGCCGCUCUACUAGCACAGGAAGCGCCGCCAGCUCAGGGAGCAACAGCAGUGCCUCCUCUGAGCAGGGACUCUUGGCACGCUCACCCCCCACCAGACCUGGCAUUAGCUUACAGCAUCACCACCGAGUGGAUCGGCCUGUUCGGACUCAGCCGAAGCCCAAGGCCCUUUUACAGCCCCAGCAGGGACCUCAAUUUUACCAGCCUCCACUAGAGGCUCCACUCAAGCCCCAGGGCAAAGGGAAAUCAGACUUUUCUGGCUCUGGCAACGAGGUGGUGGCUGCUGCUGGGCACCAGUUCAUCUGCGAGCGUUGUGGGAAGUGCAAGUGCACCGACUGCACAGCACCCAGGAGCCUGCCUUCAUGUCUGGCGUGUAAUGGCCAGUGCCUCUGCUCUGCUGAGAGUGCACUGGAGCACGGCACGUGUAUGUGCCUUGUUAAGGGCAUCUUCUACCACUGCUCCAAUGACGAUGAGGGGGAUUCAUGUGCUGACCACCCCUGUUCACUGUCACGUUCCCACUGCUGCUCUCGCUUCCUGUGCAUGGGAUUAAUGUCGGUACUCUUCCCCUGUCUGCUAUGCUACCCACCUGUCAAGGGGUGUCUGAAGGCAUGCCAGGGUUGCUAUGACCGGGUUAAGAGACCUGGCUGUCGCUGCAAGAACUCCAACACUGUGUAUUGUAAACUGGAGAGCUGGGCCCCACAGACCCAGGAAAAGCCUUCCUGAUCGCUUCCCAAGGUCUCAGUGAUUGCCUGUGCACAGGAGACUCUAGAAACGGAUCUUAUGAUGACAAUGAUAAUGAUAGUCACAAAUUAAUGUUUAUCAGACAUUCUGAGCACCUCCCACCCACCUCUCCUCCUCGCUGCAGAACCCUAAGGAGCUAAGCAAAGGAGUAACGAAAACCACUCGAUUAUUUUUAGUUUUAUUUUCUCUGGAUCAGGACCAUGUUUUUACAGACCAGUGUUUGCCUUAACUGUUUCUAUGUCUAUCCUCAGCUCCUCAUUAACACUAUUUUUUAUAUAUAUAUGAAAAGUUUUUCUUCCGUUUUAGGUAGGCACUUUCCUCCGGGUCUGUGUGCCCGGUGGGAUCUGCCUCUCACCAAAUCUGUGAAGGACGAUCUACUAUAGGGCAAUUAUGUAGCUGUUACCUGGUAUUCAUAGCAAGCAGGUAUGUUUGAGUUUAUUGGUUGCUACCACACUAAAACCGUGGUUUCUAUGCUCAUUUUGCAUUAACGAAAGCACAUCCAUCUCAUAGUAUUCUCCACUUGGAUAUGUUUCUCUCCUUCCACCCAUCUGAACCUUUCAUACACAUUCUGUGGCAUAUUCUCCGAUGUUUUUUGUUUUCCUUUUAUCUUGUGUAAAUUGUAUGUUCAAAAAUCCAUAAGAGGAAUUCUGGCUAUUUUUUAAAAGAAAAAAAUGUCUGUUAAACAUUUUUUUUGUUAAAAAAAUAUUUAUUAUGUGAAGCUCUAUUAUUUUAUGAUAUUUAUUGCAAGAGACAGUCUUAAAUUUACUCAUGUCUGAAUAUAACAAAAUAUCAAAUACUUACUGAAAAAUUAAAGGGUGGCACAAAAGAAAACUAUGUUAACUUUAACGCAGAAAAUAUAUUAAUUAAUGAAAAAAUAGUACUGUCUGGUGUCUUGAUUGCCCUGCUGAGAAGCAGUAACUAAAUCUGAUGGAUGGCCGCUGGCUGAUUUUUAAGGGAAUGUGGGUCUGUUUCUUAAGUUGGGAGUUCAGUGGUGAACAGCAAAUCACUGUUCCAUGUGUGUAUGCAUGUGUGUGUGUGUGUGUGUUCACGCUGGGUGUGGAAUUCCUGUUUUUUUUCUUUAAAGCUACAAGUAGAAACAGCUUGUAGCUCAAAAUGUGACUGUUUACAUUCUUGGAGGGCUUCUUUGCUGCGAUUCUCCUCGGUAACCUUGAAAGCUAAACAAUACAGGUCAUUGACAUGAUUAGCCCCGAAGCUGCUAGCAUCAACAGAGUCUCCACGUUUUCAGAGUGAGUUAUGCUCACAGGAAGUAGCUCUCCCUCUAAACCCCCCUCUCGUCUCACCCGCCAACAAGUCACCACAAACUAUGUACUGUAGUUUAUUCCCUGGGCUUUAACGCAGCCACAUCGGGAUGUUCCCAAACUCCCAAAUGGUCUCCGCGCUGCAAACCCAAGAGUGUGUGCCAUCAGAUAUGAGAGCGGUCAUUACGAGUAGCCGGGGCCACCUGUUCAAAGAUAAUAAACCGGGGCUAUCAAUGCUGGGCUUUUAUGGCAUGGUUCCUGCACUAAAGGCAAUGACAGGGGCCAAUCCAGCCCCCACUGUGACCCGCAGUCCCCCAUUUGGCCAGCUCUUUUUGUCAGUGAAUUUAUCACGUGGGAAGUCCACUGAACCCCUCCACCCCCACCACUGACACCCGCGCACUUCUCCACCUCCGGGCCCCCAAGAGAUGAGAUCAUCACUUUGAGAGUUGGUUGGUCAGCCACAAAUACCAGCAGCUGGGGAAACACAAAAGGUGAACAGGAAAUUCUCUUGGACAAAGGAAAAAAUAUACAGCAGUUUAAAUUUGGAGAGCUGCAGCGCUGGCGACAAAACAACACAACCGUGUCUAUUAUCAGCUACAAGUGAUCGCAGUGGCCUUGGUUGCUGUUUGCAGCAGGCCUCGGAUCUUUGGAUUAUUUAAAACGUCUUCAGCUAAAGUAAACUAGAACCCACUGUUAAAGCUCUGGCACUUUUAAGGAAUAAUUAUUUAAGCGCUUUAAAGACGAGAAAAGUAAUAGUAAACUCACUAGCAUACAGUCUUAUUUUAAUCAUAAGUUUACAUGAAAAAACAAAACACAAAACAUCCCUUCAAGUUGGUGGUGAGUACUCACCGGGCUUUUCUUGGUGGAAUGUACCUUUUGUUGCUCUGAGUAGUUAGGAUUAGCGAUUUGUCAAUUUCCUGUUACCUUUCACAGCUGCAAUUUGAGCCCUGUUUGCUCCUGGCCCUUAGAUGAUAGCAUACAAUAGGAGGCCUCUUUUUUUUUUCAGGUUUCAUUAUCGUUCCUCACUAUGGAUGAGGGGGAUGGAAAAGAUCUACACUGUAUUCAGAAGGCGGUGAACAGGAAGACAGUGUUUACUUGAUAUUUUCCAGCCUAAGCCAAAUAAGGCAACAGAUCCUACUCCCACCAUUUUCAGAACUUGGCUCUGUUAAGUCCGCAACACGUCUCUUAAAUCUCUGAUCUAAUCAGCUGAGGUGUCUAAAAUAACAUUCAAGGCCCAUGAAUGGCUUCUUUCACUUUUCAGUCAUCCUGCCACGUGAACUGCUCCGUAACUGCGUCACAUUUUACUCGUCACACGACUAGCACUCCAUCGAGAAAAAAAAGACAUGAAUUCUGAGUCAGUAUUAAGUAAUUCAAUGGCAAAAAUGGUAACAACCACCACCCCUCCUCCUCCUCCCCUUCUUUGCACUUGUUUUAGAGUAAAUUUAGCUGCUCCACACACCCACGUAAUGCUAUUUGGAGUUGUCAGGCUUGGCGGGUCCCAAGCUGCAGCUUUGGGUUUUUUUGGGGGCCAUACAAGUGCAAACAUGCAUGACUACCAAGUGAGUCACGAUGGAAGCUCCAACCCACACAUCCUACUGGGACAGUCCUUUUCUUAGCCGGGGCACUGCUGCCGGCAUGGUCACAGUGGAGCAGGAUAUACUCUAUAAACAGUCAUCCUCCUCCACAGCAUUCAUCACCAAAAGGCUUGCUUCAGCUUUCCUCUGCCUGCUCAUCUGGUUUUCAUUAUUUCCCCUCAUGGCAUAUAAAUAGAAAUUAGCAAUCAAGGGAAAUAUGGGGGUGGUGGAUGUUGGAGGGGAAGGCAGGUUUUUUGGACUUCAGCAUGACGACCAAAGUUUAUGGAAGUUAUCUCCUCAGAUAUUUGGUUUUUGUUGAUCUCAGAGUCCUGGAUCGACAUGUGAGAGGGUUGAAGUGUUUAGAAACUGCUCCAACAUCCACACUCAGCCGCCGCAGGAUUAAAAUGACAAAAGAACGAUAUUAGGUAUCCAUAAAAGAUUUCAGUGCAGGUCCCGAUAAAGUCAGAAUUACUAGAGUUUACUGUAUCCAAACACGGGGAAAAUACAGUAUAUUGUUGCAGUCAGAUGAAAACCUUUCCAAAAUAUAAACAUUUUAGUGCGCAGCAAUGUUUUUGCUUUGACUGCCAUGUAGUGCUGACGUGAUAAAAAAAAAAAAAGAUUUGGAAGAAGUAAUUUCUCACACAAAAACUUGUGGUUCUUUAAUUUAACCUAAAAUCCCCCAAGCUGAAGAUGUGAACCUUUCAGCCAACAGAUAGAUAUUAAAAAGCCAGAAAAAGAGACUUCUACUU